CGUUAGCCCCGCACGAUAUCGAUGAAGCUUGCGAGGAAAUCGGGGAGUCUAUGGUGUCUUUCGCAACCAUUGAGAAACACGUGGAUGAAUUCAUGUCCUAUUUCUCGUAUCUGGUGUUUUCUGGCGGAGCGCAGCCAAGCCAGCAGUAUUAUACUCGCGAUGGAGUUCUAGCCGUGAGUCAAGGCUUUGAUGAGCUUAGCUUGUGGCGGUUCGGGGGCGAAGAUACCAAGCUUCCCGUUCUUUGUACUCGCACAAGCGCCGAGCGUACGAGGCAUUCUCAUGGACGAUAUAGUCGUGACGCUGUGCGUGUCGCUUCCGAAGGAAACACGUAUGUUGGGCUUCGCGAUCGAAAGUCAUUCCGGUUUCUGGGCAUCCCAUAUGCCGAUCCACCCCAGCGAUUCACAUAUUCGGAGCUCUAUUCGAAAAAGACCCAAACGAUCAAAGCCACGGAAUACGGGCCCAGCUGUGCUCAAGUUGGCCGUGGUAGUGAAGACUGUCUAUUCUUGAAUAUCCAGACGCCUUACAUCCCGAAGAAGGGCUCAACGAACGGCCUCAAACCGGUGCUGCUUUGGAUCCAUGGCGGUGGGCUCGUUGAAGGAUCGGGCUCAGAUCCCUUGACCGACGGUGGCAAUCUGGCUUCGCGCGAGGAUAUUGUGGUAGUGAGCUUCAACUAUCGUCUCUCUACUCUGGGCUUUUUGGCCGUUCCCGGGUCUGAUAUCCGUGGCAACUAUGGAAUCGCAGAUCAGAUAAUUGCCCUCGAGUGGACUAUUCAAAAUAUUGCCCAGUUCGGUGGUGAUCCGCAACAUAUCACGAUUGUUGGGGAGUUUACUGACACUGGAUCUGCCAGAGUGCUGCUGGAAUCGUCUCCUGCUGUAGGGAAGUUCCACGGUGCUAUUGCGAUUCCAGAAGUUGGCAGCCGUGGGGGUCUAGGGCAUCAAAGCGACAUUAAUGCCACACACGACCAGUAUCUGAAGCCAGAGGAGUCGUACAGAAUUGCUGGUCAACAAAUAUUCUCCGCAGCCGGCUGCACUAGUGAGCAUCUCGUCGAACAGAUAUCAUGUCUAGGACAGGUACCUGCGUCCACCCUCGUCGGGCUAGAUACCGUUGCACGCUACGUCGUCCAGGACGGCCAUUAUGUCAACACACGCGACCCUCAUGAGGUUGGGGAGGAGCAUGGCUCUGCAGAUGUACCUAUCAUGUUUGUCGUCACCGCCGAUGACGCUUCUUCACGUCCUUCAUCUUCUACCCAACAUAAGCUCGAAAUUCCAAAAUCAGUUCUGGACGUCAAGGAAGGAAUCGCUCAGGGUCCUCCCGACCAAGAACUGUCCUCAUAUGAUGAACCCGAGGGCAUAGCAUCAGGAUCAUCUGAUACAUUGAAGCAAGGCACCCCUGAUUUUGGAAUUCAAUGCGUCAACCAAGUCACUACGUUUGCAGAUACGUCCUCGCGGGUAACCAACCCUUCAUACUUCUGCCAUAUGGGAAGAUCCAGUGCUGAGUCGGGCCCCGCCGGACUUGAGGUUUCAUCAGCAAUGGCCGAAUUCUUGAGAGGCGCUCCCAUUCUGCCCUACUUCCGUCUGCAUCGUGGCGAUCAGCAGCUACCACUGAUAUUUGGAAAUAUGUCCCCACGACGCCAGGCUCGAGAUCUGCACUCGGUCCAACUUGCAUCGGCUUAUUUUGGAGAGUUCGUGCGAUCCGGCCGACCAGCUCCGUCACCAGAGUAUAUGAAAGCACGAGGAUACCUGAAACCUCAUUAAGCUUGUCACUUGACGUGACCAAUGGCACCUUGAGUUUUUCACAAGUGAUAAGAAGACGUUCCAUCGAAUUUUCUUCGUCCCUCAUUCUGUGAAAAACCUUACAGCCCGACCCUCCAGUGUGGAUACCCCGGUUGUUCACCGGACCUGAAUGAAAAGUCUGGCUAGAUUUAUAUGAGACAGCGUCUUCUGUAAAUAGAACGCGACAGUGGAUGGUUGUGCCUUUGAGAUAUAUCAGCACAGCCAAAGAAUAAUGACAGUACUAAUAAUAAUAAUUCCA